AUGGCUAGCAAAUCUCAGCCUCCCAUAUAGGAACGAACUUUUCAUGAAUGGUCAAAGAACAACUUCUACAGAACCAGCUACAUCAAUCAUUACACGCAAUUCCCAUAAGAACCAAAAAACACUGCAGUGCCAGGAUAUGCUGGUUAUGUGCCAUAUGUGCAAUCGGAGAAUUUAUAUGGCGAGAGAUUUUCUGAAGUGGCUAGGAAAUCUUAUGCAGACUAGAAACUAGGAAAGUUCAAUAGAUUAUCGUCGACUGGAUUUAAUUUUGAUCCAAAAGAAUUAAUCGAUGUACAUAAGGAAGCCUAUUCUCACAAAUACGGAUGCUAAACCUUAUUGAAAAACCACCCAUGCACUCAUAUCAAUAAAAUGGUUACAUCCUAUCAAGACGGUUUCAAAAAGCCUUAAGAACUUGUUGCUCCAACAUUUCGUAAGACUGACAGAUAUCUGGAAACUUCACAGGCUCAAACCAAGACAUCUGGAUUCCAGAAGAAUCACAUGUAAUUUGAUGGAUCAGGUUGGAUUCCACAUGAAAACAUGAAUGGCGAUUAAGUGAGAACAGAAUACAGAAUUCAAUAUAAUCAAGACAAACCAUUCCACAGAAAUCCAAUGCAAUUCAAGUUAAGAAAGAUGAAGCAAACAGAAAUGAAUUAUAAGCAUACCUGA